AUGGGUUCCAAGUCUAUACGAGACGCCAAUAGUCCAUCUGCCUCAUCAUUUCUCCUUCCUCAACUUCGCCAUUCGCGGCGUGGAUCUCUAACCUCUCUCUCUAGUGCUAACCAACUCGACAAGGGAGCUCUCUCCCAGGCUCUUGACCAGAUUCAUAGCACCGCGAGUCAGACCGAGACUCUCACAACCUUCAACGAAUACACGUCGCCCCCAGCCUCAUCCUCUGGACCAGAUACCAAAGGCAUUGCAAGCGAGCUCCAGGGAGGCUUGAGUGGGCUCUACAGCAGAUUCAGGGCGUCGGUUGGAAAUGUGAAAGAUAUUGUCAACCUCGCAGCUGAAGAUGUGGCGGAAGAGAACGCGUCCUUGAAGAGCCCGAGAGCGGCCACAUAUAGUCCGAAGCCGCUUUCUAAGCAUGUGUUCGAAUCUGCACGGGACCCAAGCUCCUCCAACAGUACUACCCAAACCACGUCGGCCCCAGGGUCCGGGCGACAGUCCCCACUAGGCAUCGUGGACACUGAAGGAGAGCAUCACGAAACAAAGCAAAGCCUCAAGCCGUUUACAAAGUCUCUGGUUAGCGCCAGUACCUCGGCAAAAUCGGCAACGGGAGCUCUCGCUGCACUCAAAUCAUCCUCCGUACCGCCGGCGCAAGUUGCGCAGCCGAUUACGAUCAGUCCAGCGUUAGUGGAUGUCAACAUUAGUACAGUGAAAGGAGUAGGCGCCAAUGCAGAUUCAGUCUCUGCUGCCAGAACAGCAACUCCUACCGAACCGCAAAGAUUAUCACGAAACUUCCGAAGACAGAGCUAUUUGGCUGAACCGCUUGCUCAGGGAAGCGUGGAUGCCUCUGUGUCCAACCCUUCACAAGGCCUCAUAUCAAGGAAUUCAAGCCAAGGUGUUCCUAAGCAACAAGGAGAUGAACCAGUACCCAAUGACGCCAACAGCGCUUUCAAAUCUCCUGAUAUACCCAGGGUCCUUGGGACGCGAGCUAUGUCUACGGACAGCGUGCGCCGCUUUCCUGACCUCGAAGAAGGAUCUGAUGAGGCGGCAUUUACUAUGACAGGUUCGUCAUCUGACCCGAAAAACACCCACAUGGGUAGACCUGCUAUGGUAGUCUCGAAUUAUGGCAAUGGGCAAGAUGAUAUGUUCAGCGUUCCUGACAGUAACAACACUAGAGGUGCAACAGUUGACGACGCUGCUAAAACAGGAGGGGGAUAUCAGACCAUAGGUGUGGCAAUGCGGAAGACCGUGGCGCCACCUCUAAUCACUAGGUCUCAUCCGUCUCCUCUGAGCAUGUCUCGGGCCUCUUCCCAUGAUACCGAAAGCUUGAACAACUCUCCACUUCCGACAAGGUCACGAAAACGCCCUGCCGGAUCACAUGAGACACUUCCAACUCAAAGCAAAAAUUCCCAACAUAUAGCAUCAGCGGCGACUCACCGUGAUUCUAGGACUAUGAAUGUAUUUUCUCAAGUCAAGAACAAGGUCUUAAACAAAGAGUAUUGGAUGAAAGACGAGAACGCGAGGGACUGCUUUUAUUGUGGAGACUCAUUCUCAACGUUUCGGAGAAAGCAUCAUUGUAGGACAUGCGGUCAAAUAUUUGAUGCAAAAUGCACAUCUCUUCUAUCUGGAGAACACUUUGGACAAGCUGGCAUGCUGCGUGUAUGCAAACCCUGCGAGGGCAUCAUCAAAGGUGAUGACGACUCCUCGGAGAUAUCGGAUGACGGCAGUCUUUCCAUACGUGGUCUGAGACCUAGACAUGGCUCUACAGGAGCGGGUGAUGUCCUUGCCAGUCCUGUACCUACUGCAAGCCCAACCGCUACAAAGGGUUCUCGUCGAAGUCCAAAUCAACCAGAUCUUACGGUUCCUAUGAUGUCGAUUCCAGCGACUCGUAAAGCAGGCGGGGACGCUGGGAACAAACCUCUUGUCCUAGAAAUUGAGGCCGAGCGAACACUAUUGCGGCCUUCCUCGUCUCGGUCUCUCAAAUCAUCUUUUGCCGUUAAGUCAUUCUCGUCGGGCCACCGACGCUUCAAUUCGCGGCAUCAGUUCCAACGUAGCUUUAAGCCGGUCAAUGAGGACAACGCUCCGUUUCACCAGAGUCCCGUGAGCGACAAAACAAUCGCUGGCCGAUUGCCUGCUUUUCACGAUGAUAAUAUCAUCGAUCCCGAUCUGGCUCCAUAUCUGUCUGACGAAGGGUCGAGUGGUGAUGAACAGGUGGGCAUUAUGGCUGCCUUGAAUGGUGAUGGGCUGUCUCGAAGUCAUGACAACGAGAGGCAUGCAUUUUCUGGACUGCUUGCUUCCUCCAGGAAGGCACGAUCAAGGGCUGGAGACAAGAGCAUCAGUGGCGUCACCUUUGCUAGUAGGGAUGCAGACACCCAUAGCCUGAACAGCUCAAAAACAGCAAAUAUCUCUCGGUCCAAAAGAAGAAACCAUAGCGUCGCAGGCAAUCCGCAUCUGCGGCCUUCGCCGAGAGGCCAUCGAGGCAGCGCAGCAAUAACGAAUUUUGGCUUGAAUAUACAUGAAAGCCCCAGCACCUCUAAUCUCGCACAAGUAGCCUCGUCCGCAGAGUCUGUAGUAGCAUCUCGAAUGAUACGGAGCUCGUCAAUGAGAGGUGCUGCUGCACCUGCCAUCGAGUUGAACAAUGCAAGUCUCCGUCAUGUUCGGAAAUUGCUGCAUCAACUGCUACAAGAUUCUAAUGUGCCGAAUGUCGCCAGUUGGGAAAAGGCACUUGUGCCUAUCCUACUGAGAGCCACGGAUGACGUCAACCCAGAUGUGCAAAAUGGCGACGAUAUUGACAUCCGACACUACGUGAAGCUGAAGAAGAUACCUGGAGGACGACCUGGCGACACUGCUUAUGUCUCAGGACUAGUUUUCACCAAAAACCUCGCCUUGAAAUGUAUGCCCAGGAGCAUGUCCCAUCCUAAUAUUUUGAUUUUAACGUUUGCCCUCGAGUACGCCCGUCAUCAACAGCAUUUCAUGAGCCUCGAACCAGUCAUAAGACAAGAACGAGAAUUUUUGCAGAACCUUGUAAAUCGCAUAGCUGCUUUGCGACCGCAGCUCCUACUGGUAGAACGCAACGUCUCAGGCCUCGCGCUGGAAUUUCUAGAGCAGGCAAAUAUAGCUACAGCUUACAACGUCAAGGCGUCUGUGCUGGAGGCUGUGUCUCGAUGUUGCCAGACCAGGAUCAUAUCAUCGAUUGACAAGCUUGCAAUCAAGCCUGCGCAAGCCGGGAAAUGUGCAAGUUUCUAUCUCAAAACAUAUGUCAAUGAAGGCAGAAAGAAGACCUACAUGUUUCUCUCUGGUUGUGCGAAGGAGCUUGGUUGCACGAUAGUGCUUCGAGGGGACAACGAUGCAACGUUAGCUAAGAUGAAGCGAAUCACCGAAUUCAUGAUAUACGUCGUCUACAACUUGAAAUUAGAAACCUGUCUCAUGAGAGACGAAUUUGCAUCAAUCCCGGCAAACACGGAAAUCGGAUCUACGCCUCCAAGCAAAGACAGCCUACCCAAAGCCUUUCGACAUCUUCUCUCCGACAAUCCGAACGGUGAGAACAGCCGUAUCGGAACCUCUUGGCAGAGACGAAAGGAAAGCAAAAGCGAUACUACUGCAGAUGUUUCCAAUGCUGACAUUCUCAACACCCAAGGUCCAGAAGGACAGCAAGCAGAGAAACCAAAGAUCAAUCUUCCCGACGACGAUUCUGUUCCGGAAGAUGUUCCGAUGCCCACUUUCUAUGGCGACAUGGUCGAAGAACACCAAACCAAGAUACUUUCCGCUUCUCCUUUCGUCAAAUUCAUGCAGCCGUACCUCUUGAUGCGUGCCCGAGAGCAAGAACGUCGACUCGCGUAUCUAAAGCGUUUGAGAGACCAAGACAUCUUAGAAGAACAGAAUGUCGAUGAAAAGGCAAAACGCGAGAAAUUCGAUCUCAUCAAGCCGGAGAUGGUCCACGAAAGAAUUCGCACAGCAUCUAAGAAAGUACGCGAAGUACUACAUGCUGUACAUGAUGCCGAGUAUGACAAGGCUCUCCACAAUUACCAGACUCAAAGCAAGCAGUGGGAAGCUUACAUCGCAGGCAACAUCAACUUAUUCGAUCCUUACGCACACCAGAAUAUUGCUGUUCUGUAUAGCGUUGUCUGUACAGUCACAACUGUACCAUGCUCUGGCCCUGAUCUGCUGGCUUUAGGGUUUUACAACGAACAUGAAACCGAUGCCGAUUUUGAAGCAGACUGUACUCUUGGUCAGUACGUGGAAGACUUGUGUCUUGGAGCCAAUACUAUCUGUACCGCAAAUGGCUGCGAAAGGAAAAUGUUCGAGCAUCAUCGACAAUAUGUCCACGGAGAAGCUCAGCUCAGUGUUUUUGUUGAACGAUAUCCCUGCAAGCUUCGAGGAUUGCAAGAUACUAUCUUGAUGUGGAGUCUUUGUCGGAUAUGUGGUAAAGAAACGCAAGUGAUGCCAAUGUCCGAUAGCACUUGGAAGUAUUCCUUUGGAAAAUAUCUGGAACUCUCAUUUUGGAGCAGCGAGCUGCACGCUCGAGCUGAUGUCUGUCCUCAUGAUCUUCAUCGGGAUCAUCUUAGAUACUUCGGCUUCCAAGAUGUGGCGCUUCGAGUACACUACGACCCAAUCACGCUACUUGAAAUCAUCGUACCACGAGCCAGGAUAACGUGGAAGGUUGACAACGAUCUUCGAUUCAAGAAUGAGCUUUUCACCAAGAUUGAAGAACGCCUUGGCAAAUUCAUGCUAUCAGUCAAAGCCCGGAUCAAAAGCAUCAACACCGAAAGCGUUGUGCCCGAAAAAUCCGAAAGCUGCAACCAAGAAGUCGAAAAACUUGCAAAACGUGCAUCCGAUGAGCAUCAUGCCCUCGUUCAGAAGCUCAGAGAGAAGUAUAUGAAUUCGAAGCAUUACGAGAUCAUUCCCCUAAACCGAGCAAUCCGAGCCACGCAAGAAAAAGUAGCUGAGUGGGACAAUGCCUUUGCAGACUUUGAUCGCAAUUUCUUCCCUUCUGAGAAAGAUAUUCGACGAUUGGCGACUCUCCAACUCAAAAAGAUAUUCUUAGACCGUGAUGAAUCGGUCACAUCAUUGGCUUCUACAGAUGACAGCGCAACUAUCUCUGUGUCGGAAGAGGCGAUGAAUGAGAAGACUUCCAUGGAUGACACUCCAGCAUUGCCUCCACAAACCCGGAGAAUGUCUCCAGAAAAGGCACACGAUAUGCUUGCUGCUGUUGUUGAGAAACAUGUAUUGAUAAAUAGCCAGCCUGACCAGCAUCAAAGCGCCCCCAACACUGCUGUGCCCAAAUUCGAAGCCGACUCGGCGCCUCGUUCUGUUCAACGGGGUUUGGAGAGAGAUGAUUUACGGCAUCUGGACUUAGCAACGUCUACAGACCUCCCAGAUAGGCUUGAGAUUGGACAAAAAUCGACUGUCGUCGACGCGAAGUUAACGGCACCACCUGAGACGGAAGACAAGGCCCCCCAACUAUCGGUUGAGCCGCAUCCUAGCGUAGACAUCAAUGAGCCCGGCCAUGGGGACGGCCUCAAAGCAACCAAUGUAGGAGUUUCUGAACAACCGAAGUUGUUAGACCAUAGUCAGACAUCUGGUAUUCCGCGACCUAUCGAGUCUACUCACGGCGCCAUAAGAUCAAACGUCUCUCCGACGCUUUCUCGCGCUCAGUCGCAGCCUGCCCAUUUCCGCCAUGAGCAGUCAAACAGCAGUCAGUCUUCAUCGGCCAUGCUUCCGUCUUUAAGCGCCGAUAGUCAGUCUACCAAAUCCAGCGACGUCUACGUACCACCAGCUGCAGGCGUCAGCAAACACGUCGAUAAAAAGCUCUCAGAUCGAUUUGGCCUCAAUGCUUUGAAGCCUAGUGGAGUGACUGCGCAUUCCAUGAUUCCACGAUCAAUCGCCAAUAGGAGGAAAGAAUCAAAAGUUUCCAAUCUCGCAAAACAUUUUGAGCAGUUAAGCCGCGAAUUUGAGAAAGAGCGUAUCCGAGAGCGACGACAACGCGCCGCCAAAAGUCGACAAGCGAGAGCCUACCCUAUGGCUGCUUCGAAGCCCAUCGUCCAAAUCUAUCGUAAUGUACAUGAAGCUGUCGAAGAGCGAGAGCCAUCAGACGAGGACCUUCCGUCUUCAGAUCCAUCUCAUACUGAGCAGGAAGGGCCGUCGAACACUAUAAAUCACAUGGCGGAAAGUACGGACUCGCAGACGCCGGGCGAGGGUUUCCAUGCGGAAGAAACCACAGCAGAGAACACCGAACUUGAGGAUAGCAACAACCUUGAAAGCCACGUCGGAUCUGACGUUGAGGGCGAAGAGCCUCGAAGCGAUGAAGAGCAUUCCAUUCUAGAUGAUAUUCAAACUCCUGGAGCAGCUGAUGAGCAUCACGCAUUGUCACCUGAAGAAGCUCAGCUCGACAUCAAGCUCGAUCUACCGAAGCAUGAGAAAAGUUCGCUGAUGAAGAUGCUGACAAACUUCUGGGCUGAGAGAUCCGCAAGUGGUUGGCAGCCCCUGGAGUACCCUCUGAACGCGACAGAUCACAUCUUCGCAGACUCUGACAUCAUUGUGCGGGAGGAUGAGCCCAGCUCUUUGAUCGCCUUUGCUCUAGGGUCGGAAGACUAUCAAGCAAAGCUACGGAGCAUAACAGAAAUCACUGAGUCCCAGAACGACCAGCAUGGCAAACGCCAGCCGCAAGAUUCGGUCUCGAACAUCGAUGACCAAGUUGAAGUUGAGCGUUCCCUUUUGAGAGCUACAGGCACACAUCUCAAAUACCAAUUUGCGGAAGGCUCAGCGAAGAUGCUUUGCAAAGUGUUCUAUGCGGAACAGUUUGAUGCUCUCCGUAGAAAGUGUGGAGUCUCUGAGCGUAUUGUGGAGUCGCUCUCACGCUGUAUGAAAUGGGAUAGCAAAGGCGGUAAAACCAAAUCUGUCUUCCUCAAGACCCUGGAUGACCGCUUCGUUCUCAAGUCUCUCUCGCCGAUCGAGACCCAAGCCUUCCUCCGCUUUGCACCUGCCUACUUCCGCAUCAUGUCUGAAUCCCUUUUCCACGAGCUUCCCUCAGUCAUUGCAAAGAUGUUGGGAUUCUACCAGAUCAUCAUCAAAAACCCCAUCACAGGCAUCGAGUUCAAUUGGUUCCUCCUCGUCAUGGAGAACCUCUUCUACGACCGCUCACCCACACGCAUCUUCGAUCUCAAAGGCUCCAUGCGCAACCGCCGCAUCCAAUCCACAGGCGAGCAAAACGAAGUCCUCCUGGACGAGAACAUGGUCGAGUUCAUCUACGAAUCUCCCCUCUUCUCGCGCGAACACUCUAAAAAGCUCCUCCGAGCAAGCGUCUGGAACGACACCCUCUUCCUCUCACGUCAAAACGUUAUGGACUACUCACUCAUGAUCGCUGUCGACGAGAACCGCAAAGAGCUCGUUGUCGGCAUCAUUGACUGUAUCCGCACUUACACCUGGGAUAAAAAGUUGGAAAGUUGGAUCAAGGAUCGUGGCAAAAAUCGGCCGACCGUCACGAGUCCGAAGGAGUAUAAGAGUAGAUUCAGGGAGGCGAUGGGAAGAUAUGUGUUGCAGGCGCCGAAUUGCUGGCAUCAAUUCAAGGCGCAGCAGGUGGAUACGAGGGCGCUGAGGGCGGAUGAUCCGGGGGAUGAUAGGGAGGUCCAGGUUGUGGGGCUCUGA